AUGAUCUACAUUUUAGUGGUGGAUGCUUACAAGGAAUUUAAUGGAGAUAUUUCUGCAAUAGCCUUCAAAGUGGCCAAUGCAAUUGCUUAUUUGACAGGAAGCUUAACAGUUGUGUUUUUUCAUGUGAGGAUGCCACAAUUGUGUCAAAUGCUGAAAAUGUUGAACAGGAGUCUAAAAGUUAGGUCGGAUUUGGGAUUUGAUUACGUUACUGUCGACGGCAGUUAUGAAAGACAGAGGAAGGUCAAUAAAGUUUGGAUCUAUACUGUCAUCUUGGGUUGCCAACAUCUAUCCCUAUAUCCAAUAAUUGUCCAAGAACGAGUUCUUCCAAUAGCUGGAUCGUAUCCAUUUGAUUCUUCUGUUUUUCCCAAUUACGAAUUGAUGUUUCUAUGGCAAGCUAUAUGUCAACUUUUGAUAGCUUUGGCAUAUUUAGCUUUGUCCUGUUAUUACAUAAGUGUCGUCGUGAUGCUUUGUGGACAAUAUGAUGUCUUGUUCUGCAGCCUGAAGAAUUUGUUCUAUGCAGCAAUCAUCGAAAGUGGGACAUUCAGUGACCAAAAAUUGAGAGAACUACAAGAUAAAUAUUUAACCAUGGAUCAAGAAGCAAACGAAUACUACACAUCAACAAGCACCAAGGAAAACCUGUCAUCACUGCCGAAUGAUGUAACUUGGACAUCCCCAAUUGAAACCCUCACUUCAACAUCUAAAAUCAAAGCAAAUAAAGUUGAGUUACAAAAAUGUAUCGAAAAAUUCGAUUUGGGUUCCACCAGAAGUUACGUUACGGAACAGACAAAUGUUACGAGCAAUUCAAAGUUGGCCCUGAACGAUUAUUAUUAUACAGAGCUGGAUUGGGAGUUGAAUAAUGCGAUUAGUCCUAACUUGGAUGGAGCUCAAAUCGUUAAUAUUGUCGAGUAUCUAUUUUUAUCUACAACAGAUUUAUUUAUCUUGUGCUAUUUUGGACAACAACUUUUUACUCAGAGCGAUCGUGUAAAAGAAGCCAUCUGCAGAGCCCCUUGGCACCUUUUUGGUGGUAAAGCCAGGAGGUCCAUGAGAAUCUUAUUGGCAGCUGUUAAUAGGCCUGUGGUUUUAACUGGAAUGGGGUUUUAUCGUAUUGAUUUAGCUCAAUUUAGAACGAUUUUGAGUGCUUCGUUCUCUUACUUCACACUAUUGAGAAACAUGCAGAAACAAGAUAUGUGA